GGACUGUGGCAGAGCCAGUGGGAGGAUCCCUGUGGGCUUGGGAUGUUUGACUUUUUAAUUACGAAAACUGGAGUGUUCCAGGGACUGGUAGUUGGAGUUUGGUGACCUUUAUUUAACUGUUCCUGUACCAACUGCUCUAAUACAGCAAGUUUCUCUUCUGGUAAGGGCCAUUGGCUGACCCAGAAGGGUGUAAUGGAUGUCCAUGUGAGUUUAUGUCCAUCAAUAGCCUUUGUUAAAAAUCGGUUUCUAUUCUCAGACCCCAUUGGGAGAGACUGUCUCUUCCCCAAAGAGCUAUAUCAGCUCCUACUACGAAUGGUUUUGUGGUGGCAACAUGACCUUCAGGUCCCUCAAAUGUGACAGAGUGUGAGCUAUGUAAGCUUUCACAGUGACCACCAAUACCUGCCACUUGGACCAGUGUGGCUACAGUGGUCCAGUUCUGUGGCCGUUUCAGUUUAGAAAUUGUGUUGGGGCGGAUGCUCUGCUCCCUGCAGGCAGCACGCGGGGCUGGUCUGGGUGAGGCUGCGGGUGGCGGCUCCUGACGCAGGCACAGCUGACGGGAUGUGACACAAAGCGAGCUGCGAGCCGGGGAUGCCAGAGGCGUCCUUGGUUCAGCUGAGCAGAUUCUGCUGCUGUGAAUCGUCGUACAGCUGUGACACCCUCAGGCUGCCCGGGGUUCUGUGUGCUGGGGAGCCCCGGGGCGCCCGCCCAUCGCUGGGUUCGCUCCGUGGGCCGGUACCACUGGGGAAGCCGCCCUGCCCAUCGCUGGGUUCGCUCGGUGCCACCGGGAGCGCCACCGGGGCAGCCGCCCUGCCCAUCGCUGGGUUCACUCGGUGGGCCCGGUGCCACCGGGGGAGCCGCCGUGUCCAUCGCUGGGUUCGCUCGGUGGGCCCGGUGCCACCGGGGCAGCCGCCCUGCCCAUCGCUGGGUUCGCUCGGUGGGCCCGGUGCCACCGGGGGAGCCGCCAUGCCCAUCGCUGGGUUCGUUCGGUGCCACCGGGAGCGCCGCCGUGCCCAUCGCUGGGCUCGCUCGGUGCCACCGGGAGCGGCACCGUGGGCAUCGGCGGGGCUGCCCCGCCCACCACCUGCCCCACCCCGCGCUCUGAUUGGUCAGCAGCACCCGUAGGGGCGUUUCCCUCGGUGGCCGCGCCCCUACCGGGACUCCAGCCCCCGCCGUGCCCCGCGUGGCCCCGGUGCCGCCGAACGCCCCCCGAGAGCCCCGGUACGCCGGCAUGGCGCGGCCCGCCGUGCCCAGCUCGCAGAAGGCGCUGCUGCUGGAGCUCAAGGGGCUGCAGGAGGAGCCCGUGGAGGGGUUCCGGGUCGGGCUCGUGGACGAAGGGGACCUGUACACCUGGGACGUGGCCAUCUUCGGACCCCCGGACACACACUACGAGGGCGGAUACUUCAAGGCUCGUCUCCGCUUUCCCAUCGACUACCCCUACUCUCCUCCUGCCUUCAGGUUCCUAACCAAAAUGUGGCACCCCAAUAUCUACGAGACAGGUGAUGUCUGCAUCUCCAUCCUGCACCCGCCCGUGGAUGACCCUCAGAGUGGGGAGCUGCCCUCGGAGCGCUGGAACCCCACCCAGAACGUGCGAACCAUUCUGCUGAGUGUGAUCUCGCUGCUGAAUGAGCCCAACACGUUUUCCCCAGCCAACGUGGACGCCUCGGUGAUGUACCGCAAGUGGAAGGAGAGCAAAGGGAAGGACCGGGAGUACACAGACAUCAUCAGGAAGCAGGUGCUGGGCACCAAGGUGGACGCUGAGCGGGAUGGAGUGAAGGUCCCCACCACGCUGGCUGAGUACUGUGUGAAGACCAAGACUCCAGCCCCAGAUGAGGGCUCAGACCUCUUUUAUGAUGACUAUUAUGAGGAUGAUGAGAUGGAGGAGGAAGCAGACAGCUGUUACGGUGAUGAGGAUGACUCCGGCAAUGAGGAAUCUUGAUGGGCCUCUGGCAUUGCAAAACUUACUAUAAACUACUGAAUUUUA